UCCUCACAGGGAGAUGUAACGUUAGCCGGUUUGCUAACAGUAGAUGGCACGCUUGCGCUUUGCCUUUGCUAUGCUUUAGCUCGCCCGUGGAUGGUGCUAGUAGCUAGCUUGGCUAAUUUAAACGCUCGUGUGUGGUGUGUGUUGUGUGUCGUUGUCGGUCAGUUAUCAUGGAGCAGGAUACAGACUGAAGUGCUUCGUUUAAAACAACGGGGGGAAAAAACAAACUUUUUACAGAAGAAUACUCAUAGAGCUACCGAGUGAGUUUGGUGAAAGUAACACUUAGAGAAAAACAAAAUGAAGUAUGUGUAAAGUGAACCGAGGAGAUAGCUGCUUGCCACCCCGACGAAGCAAUCUUGUUCACCGGGGCUUAUCAAGGAGUUGAAUUCCCAGUGCCAUGGAUACUGGAGGUUGUAGAAAUGACCCACGCUACACUGAAAGAGAGAGCCUUCGGCAUGUGGUGGAAAGAUCAGGAGAUCUGGAUCAGAGGAGCAGAGAUGAUGAGGGGCCAGGCUGGAGGUUUGUGGAUGUGCUCCUUUCUGGAGGUGCACCAUGGGGGUUUACACUCAGAGGAGGACGGGAGCAUCGAGAACCUCUGCUCAUAACCAAGGUGGAAGAGGGAAGCAAGGCAGCAGCUGUGAGUCUCCAGGUGGGAGACGAGCUUGUUAACAUCAAUGAGAUUCCCCUGAGUGGCUACAGACAGGAGGCUAUCUGCCUGGUGAAAGGCUCCCACAAGACCCUCACUCUGGUGGUGAAGAGGAAUAUGAAAAUGGUGGAUAUUGUAGCUCAGAAAAUGCCCUCAGAGAAUGACGUGCAUGUGGCAAGAAGCUUUCUUACGAAGAUUUUGCGAAGUUCUAUGAGGAAGAACUGCAUUAAAGGGCGGAAUGAACCCAUAAGUAGGCCUCACUCCUGGCACUCCACCAAGUUCAACGAAAACCAAUCAGAGACUGCCAAAACACAAUCUCCACCCACGCCAGUCUGGCACACAAGAUAUGAUGCAAGCUCAUCCUCAACUGAUCUCUCUACCAGCUGGGAGCAGACAAACCUGCGCAGAGUGUCUGACCAGUUCAGCUCUCUGGGCAGCAUGGACAGUCUAGAGCAUGUCUCUCACCCCUACCCUCCUGGUCAACUCUCACCAGCCAAGUCCAACAACAGUAUGGAGCACCUUGGAGGAGGCAAACGUGACUCAGCCUACAGCUCCUUUUCCACCAGCUCUGGCACACCAGACUAUACCCUUUCAAAAAGCAAUGCUGCCUCCACAGAGAAUGUGCUCUAUAAAGUUAGCCAGUGGGAUGCAGGGGGCAAGUACAACAAUAGCAGAAAUAGCCACAGCUUGAGUGAGGGAGUCAGACAGGAUGAUAGGUCGGGGUACCUCCAGAUGCCAGGAGGGAGCACCGGCCGAGAUAGUCCAAGGACUGAAGACCAAGCCGGCUGCCGUCAAUCCACUUCUAGUAGAGCUAGCUUUGGACCUGUUUGGCAUGUUCCUGAAAAAAAGAAGACGGCUUCACCCUCUCCGCCCCCACCUCCUCCACCUGCCCGCAGCGACAGUUUUGCUGCAACGAAGGUGCAUGACAGGGGACUGGUUAUAGCUUAUCCUGAGGGAUCUGAUUCACAUAACCCCUCUAAAUCCAGUGAGAAAGGAGUAGAGAAAAGAUUAGAGGCUUCUGGUCAUGCUAAACGCACUUCUGAAAGUCGCCGUAGCCACAUCCUACCCCCCAACGACGGUGACAAUUUUUACACUUCACCCGAUAACUCUAAUCACAACCAGUUCAACUCAAACAAGCAGUACUCCCUGUCUAGCACUGAUGUUCAGAUAGGUCAGCCACCCCAUGUUGACCAGCCCCACCAUCAAUGGCAAUAUGGUGACAAAAGCACUUUUUAUGCCCAGCCCAGGGCCGCAUCUGUACCAAAGCCACAGAACAUAAGUGGCUACUAUUGUGGUAUACAGGAACAGCCAACUAAUGGCUCUACUCAACACUAUGGUCAGAACCAGGGAAGGCCCCCCAGCGCUUCCUUUUCCAACACAGCCAUUGACCAAAUUCCUGAUAUCAGUGGACAUAGCCGCUACUACUGUGUUACAACAUGCCAGCCCACCCAGCCUAGCCCUCACACCCUGUCUGGAAAGGCUGAGGACAGGAAAAGUGCCAUAGGCAUGGACCAAGUACAGACUGGACAUGACAAGAAUUCUGUUAGCCCCCAGACAGUCACCAAAGCAAAGUAUCAUUUGCCUCAACAACAGCAACACUCCUCUCACAGUAAUGGAUACAGCAAGCAGGAUGAAAGUAUGUGCCAUAAACAGCCGCUAACAGUCAUUCCCCCUUCAGUACCAGAAGCCUCUGUACCUAAACCUACUUCCAAAGACAGGGGAAGCCAGAGAAGAAACAAUACACAAAAUGCAGAAACUCACAACCCAAGUUAUCCUCCUAGCAAACAGUCUGAACAGCGGAGAUCUUUGCCACUGCAACAAAGAGAAUUCCUCCAAGACUUAGGACAUCAGAGUCAAGUAAGCAACAAGAUCUGUCCCCAGGCAACUCCCAUGCUUCAUUCACUAUCUAUGGAGACCACAGGCCAAGAUGAAAAAGGCCCAAACUACGAGGAGUCUCUUGAAAGCAAGCAGGCAAGACGUAGUGACCGUUUCGCCACCACACUACGGAAUGAAAUUCAGAUGAGGAGAGCCAGACUGCAGAAAAGUAAGAGCGCAGCCACCCUCACUGGUGCUCAGGCUGAGGCUGAGGAAGACCAGGAUGUAUGGAAGUCCACAGAAAGCUCUACUCCUACCUCUUCAGAUAGCUCCUUCACUAGCACCUACAAAGAUAAUCUAAAGGAAGCUCAGGCUAGGGUGCUUAAGGCUACCUCUUUUAGGAGAAAAGACCUGGAGCCUGUCUUAUUGGAGCACCCUGUGGCUGAGAAUUUACCUAACUACCAAUCCUUGGUGGUGUCCCGUAAAGAUGUCACACCUGUACCAGCUAUCUCUGAGUCUAUAAUGAGUAAAUCAGGGUCUGCCAGUGGUCACGUAGCUCGCAUUGGAAGCCGAAAGCGUUUCCCAGCAGAAAAGAAGGGAAGGUCAUUCUCUGAACCAGACAAGAUCCAUGAAGUAGGAACGCAAGAUCUCCUUCCCAAAGAAAAUACAAAUUCUUUACUCGAUCAGCGGAAGCUAAUUGAAGCAACUGGUAAACCUGCAUUUCCCAAUCCUGUGCCCAUACAAGCCAAUCCAAACUGUAUGGAGGACCCCAGAGAGACCACAGCCAGAGUUCACGUCUCUACCAGUGAAUCAGAGGACACGCUGAAAGGGCUCAGGAGCCGAGUCAUCACCCCUCCAGAGUAUACCGAGGAGAUCGAAGAAGCUCCUCACUCUGCGCACAAGCAGUCCCUCCAGGAGCAGCAAAGACUAGGCACAUUUGCUGAGUAUGAGGCAAGGUGGAACAUACAGAAGAAACCCCCGGAAACAAGAGCCUCUGGACGAUACCGGUCAGCUGAUAACAUCCUUGACCCAGGAACAGAGGACAGAACCAAACCCACCUGUUUCCAUGAGAGAUCUCGUUCCUCUCCCUCAGCUGACUUCUAUGGGCAGAAGAUUCCAGUUCCCGGAAGAAAGUCUGCAGAAUAUACCCAGCCAGAAAGUAAACCUGCCGAACAAUUCAACACUGCCACAAGGUUCUCUGACAGGGAGCCUGGUGACUGUAAAGUGAAAGAAAAGCCUGUGGAGUUUGAACAUUACUCAGCACCACCCCCACUGCCUGUGACAGGAACCAACCCUGAAAGCAGACACAGAGCUGCCCCUGCCUCUGUGUACCACAGGCCAACAUCUGUCCCCCAUAGUCUCAUAGACUCUACUCCUCAGCACCCUGAGGACCACAGCCACGUUGAACCACUGUCUGGCCUGAGGAGAAAGCCCUCUGCACCAGAAAGGCCUCCCCUGCCUAAGCUGGACAAUUCUAGACGUCCAGAGACUGCUUUCCAACUUGGCGACUCCCACGAGUCCUUCACCAGUUCCCAGAGUGAAGUCCUCAGCCACUGCUCUCCCAGCAGGGACCUUAACCCCACCCUUGUCACCACCCACUCUCCAAAGAGAGAUUCUGAGCAGAGCAAAGAACUUGUGGACAAAGAACAAGGGGCAGUGCAUCAAGUAUCAACAUCCAAUCCUCAGCCAGCCUCUUCUUCCCUGACUUCCUCCUACGGACCCACAGUGCUGGCCAGUAUGGAGGGGCAGCGCCCGCCAUCACCACAGUUUUCUCCACAAAGACUCAGUGACAAGCCUCCAGUCUUUCUGCAAGAUGAAGACACCAACAGGAUGGAGAAUGUGAUGGGAAACAACAAUACCGCAGUGAAGAAGGUGCCCAUCAGGAUUGUUCACUCAGAGAGCGCAAUAGAAAAGGGGAAUUAUCAGUACCUGUUGCAAAGUGACACGACCACUGCUGAAGCUGAGGGGCUUGGUGUGACCGGGCUCAGCAGUUUGGUCGCUCCAGACCAAGACUACGCUGUGUUCCGUGCCGUCACGUGGCAGAGGGAUCCUGACAGCACGCAAGCUGCUCAGACAGGCCUAAGGCCUCAGAAAGACACAGAUACAAACACUCAUGACAGUCAGCAGCCGUUGCAGCCUGCAGACGAGUCCAGUAGCAACAGGGUGGCCCUGAAGCCUGGGCUCUCUGAAGAGGACCAGAAGAGAGAAGAGCUGGCCCGGGACAUCAUGGGCAAGGACAAGUCUCUAGCUGACAUUCUGGACCAGAGCAAGAUGAAGACCACCAUGGACAUGAUGGAGGGCAUUUUCCCCCAGGGGGAGCAGCUGUUGGAGGGUGCUCACCAGCGCAGGAAGGUGCCCUCUAAGCACACUGCAUCCCGGCCUGCUGAGGAAAGGAAAGAAGAGGACAGUUUAGCUGCAGCUGUCGCCGUGGUGACCAGUUCUACAUAUUACAGCACAUCUGCUCCCAAGGCUGAGCUCCUUAUCAAGAUGAAGGACAUGCAGGAGCAGGAAGAGGAAGAUUCAGAGGAUGAACUGGAUAUUGAUCUUGCCAACAAGAAGCAAGAGCUGAUCGACAGCCUGAGCAGGAAGCUGCAGGUGCUGCGGGAGGCCAGGGAGAGUCUUCAGGAGGACAUCCUGGAAAACAACAGCCUAGGAGACGAGGUGGAGGCCGUCGUACAGCAGGUCUGCAAACCUAAUGAACUGGACAAGUUCAGGAUGUUUGUUGGGGACUUGGACAAGGUGGUCAGCCUGCUGCUGUCCCUGUCGGGUCGUCUGGCCCGGGUGGAGAACGCCCUCAACAAUCUGGAGGAGGACACCACUCCUGAGGAGAGGCGUAUAUUGAUUGAAAAAAGGAAGCUGUUGAUCCGACAGCAUGAGGACGCGAAGGAACUGAAGGAGAACCUUGACCGUCGGGAGCGAGUGGUUUAUGACAUCCUGGCCAGCUACCUGGAGGAAGAGAGCCUUACGGACUAUGAGCACUUUGUCAAGAUGAAGUCUGCACUCAUCAUCGAGCAGCGCAAGCUAGAGGAUAAGAUCAAACUGGGUGAGGAGCAGCUCAAGUGUCUGAUGGACAGUCUACCACUGGAGCAGAGGCUACCGUUGUGAAGAUGGAUUCUCAGUGACUGUUGCUCUUUAAAAAAAAAACACACACACACACACACACACAUACACACACAUACACACACACACACACACACACACACACACAGUCUGAAAGCUUACAGAUAGUUACUUUGGUCCAAAUUGCAGUUGAUCCCUUUGUCCAACAGAGGGCAGCAGAGAUUAUCAUCUGUAGACAGAGAAGACUUUGGGACAGGUGAGGAAUGUUAUAUUUUCUGUCAUUUUUCUCCCAGUCAUCACACACAGAUCAUGCUGUGGUGGAGCCAGAGCUUGUCCCAUUACUUCCUGUUUUUCACAUCUUCUCCUCUAAGCUGGACUGCCAUAAAUCCACUUGGACUGAUGGCCUCCCCUAAAUGACUCCUUUUUGAAAGGUGCUGUUUUCCCGGCAUCAGCCAUUGUAUCUGAUGCGUUUAAAAAGUAAUUCCAUGCCAUUACUUUUUUAAUGUGUUUUUUUUUUAGUAAUUUAUUGUAGUCUUUGGAAUCUGUACAGGAGGGGAGAGUAUUUUAUCUUCAACUGAUUUUAGCAGCCGUGUUAUCUGAUGUGUUUAUAUAGUCUGUCAACUUGGAGCAUUAAUCAAUGCCUAUUUCCACAUUACAAUAUGUUUCAUUGACUUUGCAUCCUGAAAUCCCUUUCCCCCUCCAAAAAAAACUGGCUCAAGUUGUCAGUGAAGUACAAGGGUUUUGUUUCUUAAUAUAUGUAAACUGGUGGCCUUUUACACAGAUUUUUGAUUCCUCACUUUCCUCCCCAAAGAAGAGGCUUUAAGAUCAGUAAAUUUCAUAAGCUUAAAUUGAGGGAGAGGCUUUAGUGCAGCAUCCCUGUGAAUGUACCUGUAAUGAGACAGUGAGCAGAUACUGGUCAUUUUAAAGAGCACUUGUUGGACUUCACUACACACAAGUAGCACUUGACGUCCCAGAGUUUUGUCGUUGGUGUGAUCCACAUCAGACAUUCCAGGGAGUCGCCCGAUCCUGUUUCAAUGAGAACACUACGCCGUCUUUGAGCACCAUCUUUAUGUUGCAUCUAUGAGUCCCAUUUUUAUAUGCAGCCCAAAAUACCGCUUCAUAUGUUUAUACUUACAAUAUAUGGACGACAUUUUAAUUGAUGAAGUGUAGCUGUAUAGUCUUAUUACCUCUGCAGGUUACAUUUUCUGCAUUUCCUCACAGUGCAGAUGAAGUGUGCUCAAAUUAGUGCUGAUUGGCUGCCCUUUUUAGGAGGAUACUAAAAAAGGAUCUACUUCUCAAAAUGAUAGAAUAAGCUGUGUGUUCGCAGUAUUUCAUAAGACACUUGUUAACUUGACUUCUAGUUUAUUUUCAACACUAAAAAAAUCUUCAAUGGUCAAGGUUCAUCAUAUUGCAACCCAAAAUGGAAAUAUUUCACUCAGAAGCAUUUUGACAGACUUUAUAUCUGAUGUCUUAAAUUUCACACUAAAGGAAGUAAAUGACUUCUCCAAGGACAAGACAGCUCGCAUGUAUUUUCUUUUGCAUAUUUGAGUAUGUUACAGUUUCACACGCUUCAUGCACUGCUACAGCUUGUCUUUUAACACUUUAUUAUCAGCUGUGCUACUUUAUAUAAAAUAAAGGGUCUGCUGAAACCAG